GUAGGCUGCAUUGACUCUGCCGCUGUGUCUAAGUUAUCUCACUAUAGCUUCACCUACACUGGUACAACUCCGAGAGCCGACCCACAUGUCUAAUGCCGUGGAAUCUGCAAAGCUAUCCUUGAGCCCGAACGCGAAGGGAAAGGCGAAAGAGAAGGACAAGCGGCAGAAAGGUGCGAACAAGCCUCAGACAGAGCGACUCAAGACCAUAGUGCGCCGCUUGCCUCCGAAUCUACCAGAGGACAUCUUCUGGCACAGUGUGCAGCAAUGGGUCACCGACGAGACAGCGCAGUGGAAGGCUUACUAUCAGGGGAAGUUCAGGAAGCGAUUGAACAAGGAGAACAUCUCUUCUCGUGCCUAUAUCGCGUUCAGAAACGAAGAGCAACUGGCGAUCUUCAGCAGGGACUACGACGGUCAUGUCUUCCGAGAUAAAGCAGGGAACGAGUCCAUCGCUGUUGUAGAGUUCGCUCCGUAUCAGAAGAUCCCGUCUGAGAAGAAGAAAGUAGACAACAGAGUGGGCACGAUUGAGAAAGACGAGGAUUUCCUAUCGUUCAUGAAGUCGUUGGAGGAAGGAGGUUCUAAGCCAGUCGAUGGAGAGACUCUCGAAACUCUGAACACGCUGAUACCUCGCGCAGUCGCAGCCUCGCAACCGCCCCCACAACCCACCACGACACCCCUCCUCGAAGCCCUAAAGGCAGAGAAGUCCGCGCAGAAGGACAAAGAAGCUAUCCUCCGCGCCCACGCGCACUACAAAGACCCCUCCGUCGUGGCCUCCGCGAAGAAGGACGACAAGAAGAAGGCCGCAGCGGGCGGCGGGGCGAAGCCCGCGCCCGCAGAACAGCCUCUCGGAAAGAAGGCCAAGAAGGCAGCCGCGAAAGCAGCUCAGCAACCCGCAGGCCCGUCGUCCGCCCCAGGGACGAAGGCGUCCGCGCCCACAAACGCGCCAGCGCAGGCGAAGCAAGCGCAAGUUCAACAGGCAGGCUCGCCGACGAAGACACCCAGGCCUCCACGGGAACGCCAGCCCAGGCCCUCUCCCGCCUCAUCCGCAGCCCCUACCCCUGCCACCCAGCCUGGCGCGGACGCAUCCGCAUCGACGUCCAGUGAUCCAGCAGCCCCGUCCUCCAGCCGACGACGCCCCGUCCUCGGGCUCGGUUCGCGCCAGUUCGAGGCGGCGCUCAGCGGCGCGGGCGUCAGCGGGCGACCUCCGCGGCGCGCACACGCCGCAGACAAGGACAAGGAUAAGGGCGCCGCAGACGCGCCGACCGCCCCUGGCGACGCCCCGAGCACUGGCAAGACGAAGGAGGAGAAACGCGGGCCUCGCGCGGCCCCCGCGCCGCCGACCAUCUUGCAGCGGGACGCGCCGAAGAUCUUGACGCGGGAUGGGGCGGCUGGAAGUGGUGGUGCGUCCGGUACGGAGGGCGCUGCUCCGGAGGAGGCACCUGGGGGAUCUGGGGGUAGAGGUGGGAGGCGCGGUAGGGGACGAGGCCGCGGCGGUCCUCGCGGAGGAGCUCCUUGA